AUGAAUAAUGCUCAAAAUCGUAUCGAAUUUGGCGGUUAUUCUGUAAUCAGAAGUAUUUUUCUACGUUUUGAACUCGUUAAAUAUGAAAUUUUCAACAAAUAUUCAUACAUCAGUGAAAUAACCAUCGUAGAUUUGAUCGCGGUAUGAAAUUCCAUCAACCAUGUUCAUAAAAUCGAUAAUCAUCGACGGUUUCAAGUCGUACGCUAACCGAGUUGAGAUAAACGGAUUCGAUCCUCAGUUCAAUGCUAUAACCGGACUAAAUGGUACCGGAAAAUCAAAUAUCUUGGAUUCAAUAUGCUUCGUACUCGGCAUAUCAAAUUUAUCGCACGUCCGUGCCAACAACUUGACCGAUUUGGUGUUCAAAAGCGGUCAAGCCGGUAUCAAAAAAGCAACGGUGACGGUUAUAUUUGAUAAUAGAGACAGAACCAAAAGUCCUAGUGGUUAUGAAUCUUACGAAGAGAUCACCGUCACUCGACAAAUCUACGCAGAUCAAGCUGGUCGUAAUCGGUACAUGAUAAAUGGAUCAACUGUGCAGAAUCAACGAGUCAAAGAUCUAUUCGAAUCGGUCCAAUUGAACGUGAAUAAUCCGCAUUUUUUGAUUAUGCAAGGUCGUAUCACCAAAGUGCUCAACAUGAAGCCUCCGGAAAUCUUAUCGAUGAUCGAAGAAGCUGCCGGUACCAGUAUGUAUGAAAAGAAGAAACUCGCAGCUGAAAAGACUAUCGAGAAGAAAGACGCUAAAUUGAAUCAUUUAAAUGAGAUCCUGCAAGGAGAAAUCGGUCCAAGAAUUGAGCGUCUUAAACAAGAACGCUUGCAAUAUUUCGAAUUACAAAAAUUGGAACGUGAAUUGGAUCAUUGUUCGAAAAUUCACAUCGCGUAUACUUACCUAAGAACUGAAAAAAAGAAAGAACAGACCGCAGAAAAACUACGAGCUAUAACUCAACGAAUAACUGAUAUGAAGGAUCGUAAAGUCCAGUGUGAGAAUGAAAUGAAGGAAAUGGAUCAAAAUAUUGCUAAACUACAAGAAAUACGUGAUAAGCAAAUGGGAGGAAAACUUCAAGAAAUAGAAACCGAACUGAAAGACGCCGAGAAAGCUGAAGCAGUCGUGGCCGCCACUUGUAAAACAUCGAAAACCAAUCUAACCGCAGAAGAGAAAAAAUUGAAACAAUUGGAGAAAAGUUUGGCUGACGAUACCGCUACGUUCGAUGGAAAAAAGAAACAAUUGGAUGGAGUAAAAGGUGUCUUCGAUAAAAUGAAGGAAGAAGAGCAAACGAAUCUCGAAGCGUACGAAGCUGCCAAACGCAAAUUCCAAGCUGUCAGUUCUGGAUUAUUUUCCGACGACGGUGGUGGAGAUAAUGCCACUUUGGAAGAUCAGUUGAUGCAGGUCAAGGGUGCCAUAGCUCAGGCUGAAAUCGACCGAAAACAAUGCGCUAUGCAGAUGGAUCAUCAGAAAAAUCAGCUUAAAACGAAGUCAGCUGAAGUGAAGAAAACCGAAAGUACGUUUGCCAACGAUAAAAAACAACUGGAGAAAUUCGAACGUGAAAUACAAAAUUUUGAGACUGAAAUGAAUCGUUUAAAUUAUCAAGAUGGAUUAAUUGAACAACUGAAAGAAGAAAGAAAGAAACUCAUCAUGGAAUUAAAUCCAUUAAAACAUAAAAAAGAAGAUUUCGAUCGCAGAAAUCAUCGUCUAAAUUUUCGUUAUACGGAUCCAGAGCCCAACUUUAAGCAUAGCGCAGUUCGUGGGCUUGUUUGCAAAUUAUUCCGAAGUAAAAACCCCGAGUACAAUAUGGCUUUAGAAACCCUUGCUGGGGGCAAACUUUACAAUGUGGUCGUUGAAACUCAAGAUAUUUCCGAAAAAUUAAUCAAAAACGGUCAGCUCACUCAUCGUCAAACUUUCAUACCUAUGAAUCAGAUUCGUGGAAGUAGAUUAUCGGAUCAAGUUAUCAAAAGUGCUAAAAAUACGGUUGGCGCCGACAAAGUCCAUUCAGCUCUAUCUUUAAUCGAAUUCGAUCCCCAAUAUCAAAAAGUAAUGGAAUUCAUAUUUGGCGAAGUAUUCGUUUGUGAGGAUUACUCCGUGGCGCAUCAGCUCGCUCUGAAUAGCCCGUUGGGCAAAAAGUGCGUCAGCAAGCAAGGAGACGUCUGUGAUCCUGGUGGUGUGGUCAGUGGAGGUGCUCCUCCGGCUUCUGAAUCGGUACUGGCUCUAAUUUCCGAAAAUGAUAAAUGCUGUAGACAAUUCGAUGAGAAAAAUGGACAACUUAGAGCUAUCGACGAGCAAAUCAAUGCUGUGUCAAGAACCGCCGAUAGGUUUAACAAUGUUAAAGAACAGAAGGAAAUUAAAGAACAAGAACUUAAAAUGCUCAAAGAACGUCUCGAACACACGUCCCAUUACCAGCAAAAGGCAGAAGUUGACGCUCUGACAGCUAGCAUAGAGGCAUUGACGAAAAAAAUUGAAGAAUGUACGAAAAUCGAACAAGAAAACGCUAAAAAGGUUACCACGUUAGAGAGUAAAAUGAAGAAUAUAAAAUCAAUCCGGGAUAAAGAACUAAAAACUGCCGAAGCUGAAAUGAAAAGACUGAAAAAGAAAUCGGAUGAAAGUCGCGAAACGUGGCAAAAACGCGAACAGGAAUUCGCAGCUUUGAAGUUAGAAAUCGAAGAACUUGAGAAAUCCAUCGAGAACGGUCGUAGUCAAGUUGACGCCGCUACCGAAGCUUUAAAUAAACUCAAAGAAGAUUUACAAAAGGCUAAUCAAGAAUACGAAGCGAAAAAACAAGAAGUAGCUGCCAUACAAAACCGACUAAAGAACGAGAAGCAAAAUAUUAACAAGCAAAACGACGAAAUACAGAAAAUAGUCGCUUUAAAAGAUGAACGUCAAACUGAGAUCGAGAAAAUCAAAUUGACCGAUAUUAAAGUCACCAACGACAAGGAUAAAAUCAAAGAUGAAUUAGAAGCCGCAGAAAAAAUGCUCAAAGAUCUGGUCCACAAACACGAAUGGAUAGAAACUGACAAAGGAUCAUUCGGCAAACCAAACGGAAUCUUUGAUUUCGAGCAAUACAAUCCUAAAGAAAUAGCUUCCAAGUUGCCCGCUUUGCAGGAACGAAAAGCUAAACUUGGCAGGGCGGUCAACGCAAGAGCAGUGAAUCUGCUUGGUAAAGAAGAAGAACAAUUCCAAGAGCUUCUAAAGAAGAAAGAAAUAGUCGAAGCUGACAAAGCAAAAAUCGUCGCCGUUAUCAAGGAAUUAGAAGAAAAGAAAAACGCCGCUUUGCAAUUCGCGUGGGAACGAGUUAACAAAGAUUUCGGUUCAAUUUUCGGUAAAUUGUUACCCGGUGCUAAUGCCAAACUUGCCACUUUACCUGGUAAAACUGUACUCGAUGGAUUAGAGGUCAAAGUGGCCUUCGGAAGUAUAUGGAAAGAGAGCUUGAGCGAGUUGAGUGGAGGGCAAAGAUCAUUGGUUGCGUUAUCCUUCAUUUUAGCCAUGUUGUUAUUUAAACCGGCUCCUAUUUAUAUUCUGGACGAAGUCGACGCUGCUUUGGAUUUAUCGCAUACUCAAAAUAUCGGUCAAAUGUUGAAAGCUCAUUUUACCCAUUCUCAAUUUAUUGUCGUCUCAUUGAAAGAAGGCAUGUUCAAUAAUGCCAACGUGCUUUUCCGUACUCGAUUCGUUGAUGGAAUGUCUCAAGUCAUCAGAACUACUCCGAAUCGUUCUUAAUUGUUUUAUGUCUUUUAUUGUGUAUAUUUUAGUGUAUUUAUUUGUUUUAGUGGUGAUUAUUGUGUAUUGGAAUAAUGGGACUACUCUUCCGAAAUUCCUCAUUUUCGUGUUUUUUAAAAAAAGUAUCUUCUUUCUAUUUGUAUUUACCUUAUUAUGUGAAAUAUUAUAUUUUUUUAAAUUUUA